GUCAUUUCCGGGAACUGGAUUCUUUCUCGUGUUCUCCGCGUGUCUCGGCGAGUUUCCCCGUUAUCACUUGCCGGGCUGGGGGCGGGCUUCCGGGGCCCGCCCCGACUGUAGCUCUGCUCGGCCCGUACCAUGGCGGAACCAGCCGGAGCGUCCAGCCGGCAUGAGAAGAGCCUCGGACUGCUCACUAGUAAGUUUGUGUCGCUGCUGCAGGAGGCGAAGGAUGGGGUGCUGGACCUGAAAGUGGCUGCUGAUAGUCUUGCGGUCAGACAAAAGAGAAGAAUAUAUGAUAUUACCAAUGUUUUGGAAGGUAUUGGAUUAAUAGAGAAGAAAUCAAAGAACAGCAUUCAGUGGAAUGGUGUAGGUGCAGGAUGCAACACAAAAGAAGUACUUGACAGACUAAGGAACCUGAAAGCAGAAAUUGAGGACCUGGAACUUAAGGAAAAAGAACUUGACCAGCAAAAAGCAUGGCUUCAGCAAAGCAUCAAAAAUGUUAUGGAUUCAUCUUCAAAUGGAAUGUAUUCAUUUGUUACUCACGAAGACCUGUGUAACUGCUUUAAUGGGGACACUCUUCUUGCUAUCCAGGCUCCCUCAGGCACUCAACUGGAAGUUCCGAUUCCUGAAAUGGGUCAAAACGGACAGAAGAAAUACCAGAUUAGUUUGAAGAGCAAUUCAGGUCCUAUUCAGGUACUUCUGAUUAAUAAGGAAUCCAGCUCCUCCAAGCCUGUCGUCUUUCCUGUUCCUCCACCGGAUGACCUUACACAACCCAAUUCACAGCCUGAAGCUACGGCCUCUUCAAACAAACAGCCAGCAGCACAGAGUAGCUCUCUCAGUGUAAAAGAAGAACAAGAGAGUAACCUGACAGAGCAGGCAGCUGCAGGUAAAUUAAAUCCUGAGUGCCCAGCCAGCGAUCUGCAGGAGAACACAUCAAGCUCUUACCCUGAACUUCCCGAGUCCAUUCUGUAUUCUGCACUUGGAACAGAUGUAGCACAAAGCUCGGCCGCUUCCAGCGACUAUUCCCCUCUGCUUCCACUGGAUGUUAAUAGUAUUCUGAGACCCAAUGCCUUUGAUAUAACGAAAAUGGAUGAGCAGGAAGGUCAAAUAAGCGGAGACCUUAUUGAUGAGCUUAUGUCUUCUGAUGUUUUCCCGUUGUUACGGCUUUCACCAACUCCAGAUGACUACAGCUUCAAUUUGGAUGACAACGAAGGUGUCUGUGAUCUCUUUGAUGUGCAGAUAUUAAAUUAUUAGGCACAGUUUUGGGGGGUUUCCUUUCCCAGUCUCUACCUCUCUGCCCUACUACUAGCAGGGAAAAUAUCCAUAAUGUUGAUCUUUGUACUAUACAUGUAUAUAGGCUAGGGUCGUAUUUUUUUGCACUUUGAAAGUAGAUAUACUGAGAAUGAUAUUCCAGGUUUAAUGAUGAAGUCUAAUCUUUUUUUUUUGUUUUUUUUAAAUCCUUGAUUGUCAUAAAUUUAUGUUUCAAUUGAAAAUGCAUUCAUUUUACGGUUUUCAGUUCCAUUCUUCCACAAUUUUUUAUCUUUGAACUGUGUAAUUCUUGUCACGUGGCUGAAUCGGAGAGUGAGAACUAAUGGCUGUUUGGGUCUCAUGUACUUGUGCUUUUCCAUGCCAGUGCAGUCGGAGUGACUAUUCCAGCUGUAUCUAAGCUCUUCUAUUGCUGUCUGUUUGCUGCAGUCUGUGACCAGAUGCGAUGUCACUAUCCGCACUCUUCCUGGAUUCUGACUGCAGUCUGAUGAGGCCGUAUAUACUUAGGGAAAGCUUGCAUGAAGAGCAGAUAUAUAUGGGGCCUACAUUUAUCUACUUUGUUAGUAAAGUUUGCCAAUAUUCCUGUCUGGAAAGAACCUUGGGAAUUUAAUUAGACUGCACUCCACAAGGGCCACUAACUUUCUGUCGCAUGUGGGUCAGACCAUUAUUACUAACCUUUGUGUGCAGGAGGUUAUUAUAGUAAUGAAUGGAGGGCACUUUAAAGCCCCUUUUGUAGCAAAAAAAGUAUCACCAUGACUUUAAUAAACUACAUGUUACCAAUCUCACUUCUUUGUUGCACCUCCCCAUGCCCACAAAUAUUGGACUGAGGUGCUCAGACAGUGCUCUCCCCCCGCUGUGUCAGCAGCUAGUAUUGUUUGGGCCUAAAUCCAAUUGGCUGGAACUCAAUUUACAUGUCUUAGCCCCUUCCCCUUUGGAGUUUGGGCAAUGGCAGUAGGCAAGUAUGUUUGGUAAUGGAGGCUGCAAGAAGGCCAAAUUAUCCUUUUUUUUUUUUUUUUUUUUUUUUUCAUUUGCCUAUUCCUACAGAAGAGUAAGGCAUGGUCAGAACCCUGACAGCAUGGAGGAUUGGCUCUGUUGUCUAAUGAAUUCUAACCUCAUUUAUAGUAUAGGUGAUACAUUUAAAGGCCAAAGCAGAACAUUGCUGUAUAUGAACUGCAGCAACAUCAAACCAAUGGCCUUCUUUCUAAUAUGUCCAUGACCCAGGGUUCUAGGAAACGCCCCCAUCCCUGAACUAAAGGGAAUAUCGUACAUUUGCACAAAAUAACAAAGAUUUAUUUUUUAAGGCAUAACCAAAUAUCCAUUGCCAGAAUGUUGGUCACUUUACUUGACACUCUGUGUAUUCUGGAGAAAUGCACUGGAAAAUGAGAAUAUAUAGACACUGGAUUCUCCAAUUAAUGGGAGGUAUGUACAUAGAGGGCUGAGAACUUGGUUGUGUUAAAGGUGAACAAAACCUUCCAAUGAUUCUCUCCCCUACUUCUGUGCCGCCAGUUUGCCUCAGAUAUGCCUCUAGGUGUACCUCCCUUAAAAUUGCAAGAGUUGCGCAGCUGUGGGUCUCCCACACCAAGCUGUGUGCCAAUCAUGCUGCCCAACUCUGCAUUUUUAACACACACAGACUGGUUUGAGUCUAACUGCUGCCACAGAAGGGAGGGUUUUGUUGUUCUUUAAAAUACCCACACCCAGGCCAGCCAAUAAAAGCUGCCAACUCCCAGUGCCCAACAGCCUGCCUCAAUGAUCUCUGGGGAAAAAAAAUAAAUUCUAAUGGGUGUCUAGGGAGAUUUUCUAGUCUAUGCCCCCACCAACUCCCCAGUACCCUCUUUGUUAAUAUGACAAUAGCCUUUUUACAUAGUUAGACUGGCACUGAUAUGUAUGUGCAAACAUAAGAUACCAGCCAUCACAUGAGCUAUUGCAGAUGUAGUUUGAUUUAACAUUUAACUAUAAAACCUAUUAUUUUUAAAAGUGCUGUAGGAUGUGCUCUAGCAGCCAAGAAUGCGCCAUCUGUUUGUUUUUUUUAUGUAAAUAGUCACUGCCAGUUUCAGGUUCUGCUGAACUUGUGUUGCAUUCUUAGUUGGACAUAAGUGCCUUGAAACACUACACUUUCACUCCUUUGUAUGGGUAGCACAGUGUGCAGAGCCACUGCCAGGUACUACAGCGGAGCCAACAUGGCAGCUCCAUAUUCUUGCUUUGCAUCAGUGAAUUUAUUAUAUAUGCCAAUGUUUGUACUGGUUGAACUUUUUUUUUUUAUAUAAUAAACAUUCAAACAAACA